AUGUCGCCAUCCGCGGUGCAGCAUGCCACCAAGACCAUCCGGUUGACCAGCGCUUGGCGAAGCCCGGCCAGGAGCCUCUCGAUAGCCACAGCCAGGAGCAGGAGUGACAGCAGGUCGUUCGCCCCGUUUCCGCGACGCAGCAUACAGACUGCCACGAAAUGGCGGCCGGUCCAGGUGCUGGAUGAAUGGGUAGCCAAGGAGGCGCGGCCGAUCUCUCUCCGCCAGCUCAUGGUCUUCGGGCGCUCCCUGACGGAGCAGCGUCUCAUCUCCUCGGCCAACUACGUGCGCACCGAGCUGCCCACGCGCAUAGCCCACCGGAUCCGCGACAUGCAGCGCCUGCCCUACGUCGUCGUCACCAACCCGCACAUCAGCGACGUCUACGACCUCUACUACAACGCCUUUGACAUGUUCCGCCGCGUCAAGGAGAUCAAGACGCUCGAGGAGAACGAGCGCUUCUGCCAGGAGAUCGCCCGCAUGCUGAGGGCCCAUCUGAGCGUCAUACCCAAGCUCGCCAUGGGCAUCCUCGAGUGCAGCGGCCUGAUGGAGCAGAGGGAGCUGGACCGCUUCAUGAACACGAUCCUCAGAUCGCGAAUCUCCCGCCGCGUAAUCGCCGAGCAGCACCUGGCUCUGACCGAGACCUUCAACUCGCCGUGGUUCUCGCCCGGCGCCAAGCUCUCCGAAGGCGAGUUCAUCGGCGAGGUCUUCCUCAAGUGCAUCGCGCGGGACGUCAUCGAGCGCUGCGGCACCGCGGUGCAGGCGCUCGCGCGCAGCGCCAACGGGCCCGACGUGCAGAUCCCCGAGAUCAGGAUCACGGGGCACAUGGAGGCCAGCUUCCCGUACAUCCUUUCGCACCUCGAGUACAUCAUCGGCGAGCUGCUGCGCAACAGCGUGCAGGCCGUCAUCGAGCACCACGCCCGCUCCAAGAAGAACCAGGGCCGCCCCCCGCCGCCCAUCGAGGUCACCCUCUGCGAGGCCCAGCAGCACGUCAUCAUCCGCGUCUCGGACCAGGGCGGCGGCAUCCCCCGCGACAUCCUGCCCUACCUGUGGUCCUUCAGCAAGGGGCCCAAGAGCGCCCAGCGCCUCGAGAACCUGACCCAGGUGCCCCUGAUGGCCGCCACGCUGCAGGAGCUGCGCGUCGACGGCAACUUCAGCGGCCUGCAGGACGGCAAGGCGGGGCCCACGCCGCCCAGCUACGCCCACGCCCGCGCGCACGACGGCUCGCUCACGUCCCUGUCGACCCGCCCGCCGCACCUGCGGCUCGGCAUGGGCCUGCCCCUGAGCAGGGUCUACGCCGAGUACUGGGCCGGCAGCCUCGAGCUGCACAGCCUCGAGGGCUACGGCGUGGAUGCCUUCCUGCAGAUCUCGAAGCUCGGCAACAAGAACGAGCAGCUGGCCACGCGUGCCACCAUGGAUUCUCUGUAA